UCUGAAGCUCAAAUUGGUCAUAACAUUGAAGAUGUGGUCACCAUCUUUGAAAAAGUCAAAUCAGUGCCUGCUCCAGGUCCAGUUUUGAUUCAUAUUGUCACAGAGAAAGGGAAGGGAUACCCCCAGCAGAAAAAGCAGCUGAUAAAAUGCACGGGGUUGUGAAGUUUGAUCCAAAAACAGGGAAGCAGUUUAAGGCAAAAUCCUCAACGCUUUCAUACACACAGUACUUUGCUGAGUCUUUGAUAAAGGAGGCUGAAAUAGACAACAAGAUAGUGGCCAUUCACGCAGCAAUGGGUGGUGGUACAUGCCUAAAUUAUUUCCACAAAAGAUUUCCCGAUCGCUGUUUCGAUGUGGGGAUAGCUGAGCAACAUGCUGUUACAUUUGCUGCUGGGUUAGCUGCUGAAGGCCUCAAGCCCUUUUGUGCCAUUUACUCAUCAUUCCUACAACGAGGAUAUGAUCAGUCUUCGCCCUACUGCACCGCCGCGGCGGUGGCGGAGAUUAACUCGUCGGACCGGAAGACCAAAUUCACCUGAGCUGCAUGGAGGAAUUGCAAGGUCACAUCUCCACUUCUUCGUCUC